UGUAACGUUGUCGCAGAAACAAAAACCCCAAAACGACAACACAUCACCACAAACCGGCACAAAAGCUCCACCACCAACACCAGACCCUUUUUCCGCUAUUUCCAGCUCCGUCGGACCCAAUUCGGGCGCCCACCUUGGUCCCGGACCUCCGCAUUUCCACCAUCGCCACCGCCACCUCUCACUCUCUCACCGCGCCCUCCUCCGAGUUCCUCACCGGAAAUGGCGAAACCUUCGAAGGGCCACCACGAUGAAUUUGAAGACGAAGAUGAGUGAAGAUAGAAGGGCAAGGCAGGGAGAAGAACCGCUCCAAGCAUUCCGAAACCGAGCAGCGUAGGAGGAGCAAGAUUAAUGAGAGAUUUCAGAUGUUGAGAGAUAUCAUUCCCCAAAAUGAUCAGAAAAGAGAUAAGGCUUCAUUGUUGUUGGAGGUUAUAGAGUAUAUACAAUUUUUACAGGAGAAGGUAAAUUUGUAUGAGGGGUCGUACCAAGGAUGGAGUCCAGAGCCAACAAAACUGGUGCCAUGGAGACUUACCGACCUCCCAUUUAUUUGUUUGCCACAGAAAGGUCAUAACAGGUCUGGAGAAAAUUUCGCAGAUCAGUCUCAAGUUAUGAACGAUGGUUCGGAUCAUGAGAAUAAUGUGGUUGUCUCACCAGCAAUGCUCCCAAACUCUCAAAACUCAGUGGAAUCUAACUUGGGCUCUGCUGUUGCUUACAAAGCACUGGAUCACAUCGCUGGGCUAGCUACUCAAUCAGUGCCUAAUGUGCAACAACAAAGCAUCUUUGACUCUGUUGGGAGUGGAGUACCCACACAGCCCUUGCAGGAAUCUAUUACUGAUGCUCAGAACAUGGCUUGUCAACCCCAAUUCCCAUCGUGGGCGGGUAUAACAUCUUCAACCGUAUCAGAUGGUAAACUGAACAAACAGGAUGAACAUAGUGGAUCUGGUAGCACCUCAAGUGCUUACUCUCAAGGGGUUUUGAACAAUCUGACGCAGGCAUUGCAAUCUGCUGGUCUGGACUUGUCCCUGGCCAGCAUCUCUGUUCAAAUGGAUGUUGUGAAUCGAGCAGACAGUGGGCUGACAUCUGUAGCGUCUAGUUCAAAGGCACAUGUGAACCAAUCCAUGAACAAUCAAAUGAUGACACGGCUCAAGUAAGUAGCUGUGAUGGGGGACUUGAACUGGCGCAUAAGCGGUUCAGAACAAGAGAAAGCUAGACUAGAUAGUUUCUAGCUUUUCUUAAAUCUGCUUAUUUUUGGUUUUCGUGGUUUUAUUGGGGGUGAGGGUGCUCGUGGGCGGGUGACAUUUUGUUUCAAAGAUUACAUGGUAAACAGAACAACUAGGUUCAGGUCAGUCAAUUGUAUAUGGUUUGUGCCCCCCUGUGCAUGGAAUUUCAUAGAUAGAUUGUCAGAUGUUCUUUUGUUGAUACCUUGAAGUUUCAGAUGGAUGAUUCCAUGCAUAUAGCGAGGAGCGGGUUUCUGUUCUGGUCUGCGUUUUAAAGAACUCUCUACAUACAUGAAUUUUAUCGUUAAUCCUUGAUGUUUCGUUGA